AUGGUACUGAUUACAAUUUUCACGCACCACUAUCUCCAAGCUUCCAACAUCAUCAGGGUCAACAUCGCACUGGACGCCGACGUCUCCACCAUCGUCGACGCAUUCCUGGUAAAGAGUCCAGGGGUUGAGAGAGAGUCGACGUUGCUGAAGAAGCUCCGCCAGCCCUACUCCGUCGGAUACCAGGGGGCUGGUGCUCUCGAUGAGCGGAUCGCUUCGCAAGGCUUAGACAGCGUAUGCGAGACCUUCAACCGGCGACGCACCAUCCGGUCAUUCGUGGAGAGAGUGCAGGAAUAUGAAACCUUCUUCAUCGUCAUCGUUCUUCCGCCGCAAAGACCAACCAUCGUCGACUCACUCUCCUGGGCGAGAGAACUGCACUAUCGGCUCCGUAUGUGCCACGAGAACCCAUUCGAGCCAGAUACGCACGUGCCGCGCGUUCGCCGUGAGAUUAUCGACAUCUUCAAUCGACGCGGCGACUGCGACCUCGACACCUUGUUCGUGCGCGUCGAGUACGACCGCGCCUGGACGUCAAUCGAGAAAAGGAAGACGAUGUUCCUGAUAUUUUGUCUCCUCAAGGCGCUGCGCACCAGGACGACCGUCGCGUUCUCCAUCGCCCCAGACGAGGUCAUCCUUUUUAAGGCGGGCAGCGUCGAACUUUGUUCCCAUUUUCUCGACGUUCCGACCGACGCCCUCGCGCUCUUGGAUGCCCGCAUGGGUCCUAUCCACCACGUCGGAGCCAUUCAAUCUCGGGCCGUGAUCGCUACCUCCGAAUGGGCCACACUGAAGAAAUUUCAGAAAUACAUGGACACGCUGGGCUGGAUCAUGCCAGUGUGGACGUCGAAAGAACUGGGUUGGUUUGGUCCUGGCAAGAAAGGAUACUGGUCUGUGGUCGAGCUCGCCAGUGUACUGGGCCCUUGUCCUCGCGUCUGCUUGGAGCCCAUUCGGAAAGUAUCGGGCAACAUUCUACUAGAUAUCGGAGAUCACUUCCCCAAGCUGACGGUCCCGGUGGACAUGAGGGUUGGCCUGGACGCGUUCUUGGACGAGAAGUCCUGUCCCUUGUGCCCAAUGGACGGGUUCCACUCUUUCUUCUUCUAUAGAAUCAGCCGUGGCUGUCAGAACCCAGUCGAGAGCUUCGGCAACCCUUUCGUCCUCUACAUCCCCACGCCCACACUCCACCUAGCAGCCGCCCACGCGUUUGACGCGGCUCAGUUUCGGCGGCGGCAAAACGUGGCAGAAACCGCCAAACUCUCGGGCCUCGACCCCUUCUCAAAUCGCUUCUACGAGACCCAACCGCUCCGCUGCCGCAUGCUCCCUCAACGGACGAUCCUCAAGCUCAAGUCGCUGCGGCCGGUCUACCUCAACCACCUCGUCUACCGAACGGUGGCCGACGCAGUCGCGGCGGGCCCACGCGGCAAGCUCGUCGUCCCCUCCGUCGCGGACGCCGCGCCCUACCUCGCCAUCGCGGUCUCGCGCGCCAACGGCCGCACCCACAUCGUCUUCCUCAGCGAGGCGACGGCCGCGGGCGCGGGAGGCGCCGUUGCGCUGGACGGGGCGGAACUCAGUGCGGCCCUUCCCCAGCUGUUCCGCAAACGGCUGCCGCGGAAUGCGCGCUUCUCGUUCGUCUUCCUCGUCCGGCGACGAAAGGACGGCAAUGCGCUCGCGCGGCGCCGUAUCGCCGCGGGCCCCAUCUCGGUGUCGUACAAGAGGCGCGUCUUCGGCGUCGACGUGGGCUACGCGGUCGUACCGAGCUCGCGCUCGCACACCACCCGCCGAGACCGACUCCCAAGUCCUCUAUCCUAA